CUUUCUUACUUUUUACUCGUGGAAUGACAGAGUACUUUGUAUGUGGAAUUUAUUUAAUUUUUAUAAUUAAAUUUGUUUUAAGAUAUUGUUGUUAUCCUCUUGUGUUGUCAUGUGCCCGGUUUAGUGGUUAGUAUUUUAAUUUAUAUGACCCAUAUUCAUCAUGAUAGUGAUGAGAAUCCUCCUGUUGAUACAAGAAUCCUUUUCGUAUGAAUUGUGCGACGUCUUCAGAGGCUCCGAAUGAACCAGGCACAAAGAAUUUGAAACCGCCUCCUUGAUUGAUUCAACAAUUUUGUAGUCAAAGAGUGGAAUAUAUAUUUCCAUAUAUAGAAUAAUAUGGCUGAGAAUCAGUUGAUGAAACGAAAGCUAUCUGGAGAAAAUGGCAUAGAUUCAUCUGAACCAACAUCGAAAAUAAUACACAUUCAAUGCCCUUAUUUAGAUACUAUUAACAGGCAUGUCUUGGAUUUUGAUUUUGAAAAAUUAUGUUCAGUUUCAUUGACGCGUAUUAAUGUUUAUGCCUGUCUUGUCUGUGGGAAGUAUUUCCAGGGUCGCGGCACCAAUACCCAUGCUUAUACACAUUCAGUGGCUGAUGGUCAUCAUGUGUUCCUCAAUCUACAUACAUUAAAGUUUUACUGUUUGCCAGAUAAUUAUGAAGUGAUAGAUUCGUCCCUGAAUGAUAUCAAGUAUGUUCUAAACCCUAUAUUUACUCCGGAGCAGAUAAAACAAAUGGAUUCAAAUACGAAAAUGUCGAGAGCCAUUGAUGGGACUAUGUACAUGCCGGGUAUUGUGGGUCUCAAUAAUAUAAAAGCUAACGAUUACUGCAAUGUAAUCUUGCAGUGUUUAUCACAAGUGAGACCGCUACGGAACUAUUUUUUGCGUGAAGAAAAUUAUGCUAAUAUAAAACGCCCGCCAGGCGAUUCAUCAUUCUUGUUAGUACAAAGGUUUGGUGAGCUACUACGCAAAUUGUGGAAUCCUAGGGCUUUUAAGGCGCAUGUAUCACCACAUGAGAUGCUGCAAGCUGUUGUACUAUGGUCUAAAAAGAGGUUCCAGUUUAUUAAACAAAGUGAUCCCAUCGAUUUUUUGUCAUGGUUUCUUAACUCGCUGCACAUGGCACUAAACGGAACAAAGAAAGCUAACAGUUCCAUAAUCUACAAGUCAUUUCUUGGGCAUAUGAGAAUAUACACAAGAAAGUUACCACCGCCAGAUGCUGAUGAUGCAGCAAAAGUGGACCUCAGUAGCGAAGAAUACAGUGAAAUGAUCACAGAAUCACCAUUUCUGUUUCUGACAUGUGAUUUACCUCCAACACCGCUAUUCACUGAUGAAUUUAGAGAAAAUAUUAUACCACAGGUUAAUCUCUACCAAUUAUUAUCCAAGUUCAAUGGGCAAGCAUCAAAAGAAUAUAAAACAUACAAAGAAAACUUUUUAAAACGAUUUGAAAUAACACAACUCCCGCCAUAUCUAAUUUUGUAUAUCAAAAGGUUUACUAAAAAUACAUUUUUCGUGGAAAAGAACCCAACAGUUGUUAAUUUUCCUGUCAAGAACGUAGACUUUGGCGAUAUCCUCACGCCGGAAGUGAAGGCGAAACAUAAUGGAAAAACAAUAUAUGAGCUAGUUGGAAACAUUGUGCAUGAUGGGACACCAGAGAAGGGAACUUAUAGAGCACAUGUUCUACAUAAACCCACUCAGCAAUGGUAUGAAAUGCAAGAUCUCCAUGUAACCAGCAUUCUGCCACAGAUGAUCACACUGACUGAAGCAUAUAUUCAGAUAUAUGAGUUGAAACAGGAUUAAUAUUAAGCUGAAAUAAACUAAAUAAAUUUA